AUGGAUGCUUGUCACAUUUUAUUGGGUCGUCCAUGGCACUAUGAUGUUGAUGCCACUUAUAAGGGACGAGAUAAUACUUUCAUAUUUUGGUGGUUAAAUAGGAAGAUCGUUUUGGUACCACAAUCUCAACCUGUGGAAACCAAUCCUGCCAUCAAGGAAGAGAAACCACUUUUUACCAACAUCUCAGGUCCAUCAGAAGUAACUAUACAGAUUCCUACCAAAGUUCAAAAAGUACUUGCUGAUUUUGCCAAAAUAGCACCCGACAAGUUACCAAACGAGUUGCCCCCUAUGCGAAAUAUCCAACAUCAUAUUGAUUUGGCACCUGGAGCUAGUUUACCUAACUUGCCACAUUAUCGCAUGAGCCUAGUAGAACACGAAGAGUUGCAGCGACAGGUUAAUGAAUUACUUGAUAAGGGGUUAAUCCGCCAAAGUAUGAGUCAUUGUGCAAUUCCUGUUUUACUCAUUCCAAAGAAGGAUGGCAGUUAG